AUGAAACUUUUAGUCGUUUUUUGCGCUCUUCUUGCUGUUGCAAGCUGCAGACCCGGAGGAUCUCAUGGCGGCGGCGGCGGCGGACAAGCUCCCCAAGUUAUUGUCAUCAAGAAAGGCGGCGGCGGCGGAGGUCCUCCUCCUCCCCCGCCCCCAGUCGUAAUUGUUCUUAAAGAAGGCGGCGGCGGCGGUGCUCCUCCCCCGCCUCCUCCUCCCCAAGUUAUUGUCAUUAAGAAAGGCGGCGGCGGCGGCGGAGCUCCUGCAGGGCCUCCUCCACAAAUCGUUCAUGUCACAACUUCCCAAGCCGGAGCUGGAGCUGGCGCAGGAUCAGGCGGAUGGUAG